AUGGCACUCACUCUUCGUCGACGCGCCGCACCGGAGGGCUUCUUUGAUUCCAGUCCACGUGGCGAGGAGCACGCCGCUUCUAAGAUCUCCAAUUCGGCUCCCUGGAGGUGCUUCGAAGCGCUUUCGGGGAUCCGAUCUCGUUCCCCCUCCGCGCGCCACUCUUCCGCCAAUUCCGUGCGCCAUCUCCGCGCGACGUUGCUCCCCGCGAACUAUUCUGAGCCUCCCCACGAGUUGCUGCUCCCCGCGCACCAAGAAGAUCCCGCCACGUGGCAACGCGAGCUGCUCUCGGCGAUCGGCGCACCCGCAUCUGCGCAGGUGUUUUCCGCGCGGAUCUGCCCGCGUCUGGUGGUGUUCUGGGCGAUUGCGCCCAGCAGCGCGGAGAUCAACGAGCGCGCGGGACGGCUCGCGCGGAUCUCCCAUAUUUACGGAGACGCUCUAGCAGUAGAGUGUGACUCAAACGACAGCGCCUUUAACGAAUGUGACAAUAGUGAGACUGCUCAAUGCAAGCACAUUGCCGCCGCCUCCCCCGCCGCCGCCACCGCCUCUGCUUCCACCAGGGCAAAAAUCUCCCCUCCAUGUCCUCCUGCCUCGCCCUCUUCCCCUCCUCUCCCCCAUUCCCCACAGACUCCUCUCCCCUCCGCCUCUUCCUGUCGUCGUUCCGCAUCCCUCCCCUCUCUAACACAUCCCCUUCCGCCCGCCCUUCCGCUGCUUCCCCACCGCGAUGCUUUACAUUCUCGCGUGCCCGGCCACUCGGGUCCCAUUCUCCCCCGUCUCGCUCGCUCCGAACCCCCCUCGCCCCCCUUGCUCGAGCCGCCUUUGAUGCCAUCCACACUUGACCAUGCCCUCCCUUCCUCUCUCGACACGUGUGAGGAGUUAUCCGCACCUAACUUGCCCUCACCACCAUCGCUUGAAACGCCUCUCACGCCGUCUACACCCAAUCCCCCGCCACCCCCGGCGUUGUGCCUGGCCUCUCUCCUCCCGUACGACGUCACCGAGCGAAUCUUCCUCGCCCUUUCCUUCGCUGACCUCAUCAGCUGCGCCGCUGUCUGCAAGGCGUGGCGCUGCCACGUCAGCAGCAACCAGCACAUCCUCCUGAAUGUGACUAUUACGAGGCCCAGAGUCACCUUCUCCAGUCCCGUCUCCCCCGCCCCCUGCCCACUCCCCCCGUUGCUUGUCGUCCGGGCAGCAGAAGCAGGGAACCUGGACGCGUGUGUGAUUAUGGGUAGCGUGAUGGAAGCGAGGGGCGAGCAGCAGAGGGCGUUGGAAUGUGCUGUCGAUUUGCUCUGCUCUGUGCUGCUGUUGCUGGGGUACGUGUACCUGGACGUGUACACGUACGUGUUGGGGUACGUGUACCUGGACGUGUACACGUACGUGUUGGGGUACGUGUACCUGAACGUGUACACGUACGUGUUGGGGUACGUGCACCUGGGCGUGUACACGUACAUGCUGGGGUACGUGCACCUGGACGGGGAGGGCACUCCUCCGCGUUCUGUGGCUAUCAUCCGCUCUCUCUACCUUAGACUGAAACUGAUUUGUUCACCUCCUUUUUCCCCAAUGGCAGCUGCUGCUGGGGUACAUGUAUCUGGAUGGGGAGGGCACGUGCACACUGUGGGUGUUCUAUACCACCUGUCAAAACCGACCUGUACUCCUCUGUUGACCCCCCUGCAGCUGCUGCUGGGGUACAUGUAUCUGGAUGGGGAGGGCACGGGGAAGCCAAGCAUUGAAGAGGCCGUCCGAUGGUAUGCUUGCCAUGGCAUGUGUUAG